AUGAUGGCUUGGCUUUUACUCUGUUGGAAACCAAACCUAAAAAGGAAAUACUGGCAAAGACGGAGGAUUACUGGAACCAGUUUCCUAUGGUCACGGUUGCUGAACUAAAAGAAUUAACCGAGCUGCAUCUGAAGGUUAUGGAUACAACAAGUGAGAUUACUAUAUUGUUAUUCGAUACAUCGGGUUUGUUGACUCUUACUAACACAGAGUCAAUUGUCGAUGAUGAAAUUCCAAACCAAGUUACCCCUACUUCGAAGAGAAAAGUUGACCCUAUAAUUGAAGUCCUGGAAGAC